CGGCUGGGCCGGGGCCGCGCCGCACUCCGCCCGGCAGCCCCCGCAUGCAGCGCGCAGGCGCCAGUUGCUGCCGGGCCCCGCGCUCAUGGCGCUGCCGGCGCUGCCCGGCUCGGGGGUGCAGUUCCGGAGGAUCCUGGCUCACUUCCCUCAGGAGCUCAGCCUGGCCUUCGCCUAUGGGUCCGGGGUCUUCCGACAGGCGGGGGCCGCCCCCAGCCAGAGCGUGCACAAUAUGCUGGACUUCGUGUUUGCUGUAGAUGAUUCUGUGACUUGGCAUAUGAUGAACCUGUUAAAGAAUAGGAGUCAUUAUUCCUUCCUAAAACUUUUUGGGCCAAAGCAAAUCAGUAAUAUACAGAGCUGUGGAGCAGGGAUUUACUACAAUACUUUAGUGCAAUGUAAUGGUAGGAUGAUAAAAUAUGGCAUAAUUGGCACCGAUGCCCUGAUUGAAGACCUGUUUCACUGGAAAACUCUCUAUGUUGCCGGACGUCUGCAAAAGCCGGUGAAAAUACUGACACAGAAUGAAAAUGGCAAGCUGCAGGCUGCCCUACUUAGCAAUCUGAAGAGUGCAGUCACAGCAGCCUUUCUCAUGUUGCCAGAAAGUUUCUCUGAAGAAGACCUCUAUAUGCAGAUUGCAGGACUCUCCUACUGUGGUGAUUUCAGAAUGAUAAUUGGAGAAGACAGGUCAAAGGUGCUAAACAUAGUGAAACCGAAUGUGCCCCAUUUUCAGAAGCUCUACAGUAACAUAUUACAGGAGUGCCCUCAAGUGGUGUAUAAGCACCAGCUGGGCAGGCUAGAGAUCGAUAAAAGUCCAGAAGGUCAAUUCAUGCAGCUAAUGGCUUUGCCGAGGACUCUUCAACAAAAGAUAACUUCUUUUGUGGACCCUCCUGGGAAGAACAGAGAUGUGGAAGAGGUUUUACUGAAAGUGGCCCAUGACCCUGACUGUGGAUUAGUGGUACAUCAGGGCAUUUCAGGAAUUGUGAGAUCUUCCAGUCUAAUACAGAGUUCUAAAACCAUACUAACAGCUGGGUUCAAGAAAUCAGUGACUUACAGUAUGAAGAAAAUGUAUAAAAUGACAAAAGGAUGGCUAAGGAAGACUUCCUGAUGUCCAAGUUGUGUACAUACUAUGUAUAGGACUCUUUAAAAUCCUGGAUCUGCUACUGAAUGCAUGGACAUCCUGCUUUAUGAUACAAAGAAAGAAGAGCUAAUGAACCAGCUAUAUGUCUCACCCCUUGCCUUACAGAACCCUUCCUAUAUGUCUUCAGUCCUACACUAUAUGGACAGUCUGUUUUUUGGGAUAUUUGGUAAAGUCCGAUGUUUGGAACCUCAAACAUAUUUUUAUUUAUUUAUUUAUUUAUUUUUGCUGAAAUCUUGCUAGUCUCUUGCUGUCCCCUGCCUCAGCGCUCUGGAGCUUAGGUAUGUGUUCUGGCCACUGUGAUAUCACACAAUCUAUCAUUUAUUCCUAACAGCCCUUAUUUUAGUUUUCUUAUGCUUAGCUUUUUGUUACCUUUAAAUGUAUACAGAAUAGUCACUUCCUUUUUUCUGCUUUAUUUGUAACUUCAUUGGGAAUGCCUCUUCAAGUAAAAAGGAGUCCUUUUUUUUUUUUUUUUUUUUUAAAUCCUGCUUCAUAUUUUACCUGUAUUGGACCAUUUGGAAAAGUGGAAACUUCCAUCUAGUACUAUAACAUAGCUCUUACAUCCACUUACAAAAUGUGCUGGCUUUAGCAAUUGGGGGAAAGGAGGAAGAAGGGGACACAGGUGACAGAUGCAAGUCAUGUCACUUAUAGCACUUCUGGAAGACACUGAUAAUAUGGUGAUGAGGGCAGUAUGAGAACUUGAAUAGAUUAGAGUACCCCCUUGUUUUGAUUGGAUAAAAUGCCUGAGCUUAGCAGUGCUCCAGACCAGCAGCAGCUGUACUGAUUUAGUAUGGGACCAAUGCUUGAAAGUGGUUGGGACAUGCCCUUUCUCACCCCAUUACUCCUGGCUCUGUGGCCUAUGGAACUUUGAGCAAGUGCAAAAACCUUGGAGGGGGCCCCUAAUUGGCACUUCUGUCUUCAUGUACAAUAAGACCUUCUCUGAAUUGAUAGUUGUCCAUAAAGGUGGCGAGGUUCAAAAGAGCGUCAAGGAAUUAGGUGCCCAACUCCUGUUGAAGAUGAAUGAUACUUGGAUGCUUAGCUCCAUUUGUUGUCUUUGAAAAUCCCGCCUGUAUUUGUUGAACACUUGCUCAGUGGUUUACAGGCAUUGUAGUUCAAAAUUUUUAAAGUAAAUUUUAUGAGCAAGUAUAGCUUUUUGGUGGUACAGAAUAGUCAUCACAUCCUGCAAUGAGGCAACCUAUACAUCCUUAACUUUAUAAUAUUGCUACAGUAAUUUUGUAUCUGGCCAGAAAAGGCAACCUGUUCAGAUUUGCUUGAUCCUGGAUCUUAAUGAACUAUGACUGUACAAUGGCUUGUCUUUUCUCCUGUAUGAACAUUAAAGUAAAAACAAUGAACUCAUUGCAUUUGUAGUUUGAGCUUAAUUUUUGUUAUGAAAGCUGUGCAUUGCAUAAUGGAAAUAGAAAAGGGAUGGAGCUUGAAGAAAUUUUCACAACUGUUUGUUGGUAAGUGCAUGUUAAAUAUGACUCUUUUAAUCCAAAGACUGACUGUCCUGAACAUUUAACUACAUCAAAGGCUAAUUUUUCUAAAGGGCUUUUGUUUUAAAAUUACGUCUGUAUAUCGUUUAUAACCUAUCAUUAUACUGUCC